GCGCUGCGGUGCGGGCAGGUUCCUGCCGCCGCCGGUCGCAUGAAGACGGCGGGGGCGCAGCGCGGAGCCGCCGCCGCGGGGCUGCGGGGUGAGGGGCGCCCCUCCUGCCGCCGCGCCCGUCCCUUGGGGAGGCUGCGGGGCAGCCACAGCGCUCGGGACGGCGGCUGCUGCCAAGGAAGUCAAGGCAGUUUGCACUUGAAGGGUACUUGGACAAGUCUAGGACACCUGUUAACUUGGGUGAAGCUGGAAUUCUUGUGAAAAGCUGAGCAUUUGCUUCCUGGCUGCUGGGGAAAAAAAAAAAUUCUGCUUUCAGGUUAUCAGAGAUGGUGAUUUGAAGAAUCAGGUUUCCGAUAUGAACAAAGUAAAAACAUCAUCUGAAAAAAGUGUUUCUACCAGUUCUCGGACUAUGUCGCUGCUGUCACAGCUGGAGAAGAUAAAUUUGGACUCUGUAUUAGGAGAAGCAGACAAUGCCAGAUAUGUUACCUCGAAGAUCCUUCAUCUGGUUCAGAGUCAAGAAAAAACCAGGAAGGAGAUGACUUCUAAGGGCUCCACUGGAAUAGAAGUUGUCCUGUCAACCCUAGAGAAUACAAAAGAUCCUCAAACUAUUCUAAAUAUAUUGAAUAUUCUCAUUGAGGUAGUCUCGGUUGGUGGUGGUCGGAGAGCAAGCGUCUUAGUCACUAAAGGAGGGACACAGAUCUUAUUGCAGCUGCUUUUGACUGCCAGCAAAGACUCUCCACCAAAUGAAGAAUUAAUGGUGCUUCUUCAUACUCUUCUUGCAAAAAUUGGUCCAAAAGACAAAAAGAUUGGCAUGAAAGCAAGAAUUAAUGGUGCCCUAAACAUAUCAUUGAAUUUAGUGAAGCAGAAUUUGCAGAACCACAAGCUAAUAUUGCCAUGUCUUCAAGUAUUAAGAGUUUACUCAACCAACUCUGUAAACGCAGUGUCCUUGGGAAAGAAUGGAGUAGUAGAACUGAUGUUUAAGAUCAUUGGGCCUUUUAGUAAAAAGAACACUAGCCUUAUGAAGGUUGCUUUAGACACACUUGCUGCAUUGCUAAAAUCAAAAACAAAUGCCAGGAGAGCAGUAGACAGAGGAUAUGUGCAGGUGCUUUUAACGAUUUAUGUUGAUUGGCACAGUCAUGAUAGUCGACAUAGAUACAUGCUGAUACGUAAAGGAGUUUUACAGUGCAUUAAAAAUGCUACAAACAUCAAACUGGGAAGAAAAGCAUUCAUUGAUGCCAAUGGGAUGAAAAUACUUUACAACACUUCGCAAGAGUGCCUUGCAGUAAGAACUCUUGAUCCCCUUGUCAACACUUCCAGCCUAAUAAUGAGAAAAUGUUUUCCUAAAAAUCGUCUCCCUUUACCAACUAUCAAAAGCACUUUCCAUUUCCAACUCCCAGUUAUUCCUGCCAGUGGUCCUGUGGCUCAGCUGUACAAUUUGCCUCCUGAUGUGGAUGAUGUAGUAGAUGAAAGUGAUGAUAACGAUGAUGCUGAAACAGAAUCAGAAAUUGAAACCGAAAAUGAUGAUGACAAGGACCAACAUUUUAAGAAUGAUGAUAUUGAGACUGAUAUUAAUAAACUGAAACCUAGACAGGAAUUGGGAAGACCCAUAGAAGAACUGAAAAUGUAUGAGCAAUUUUUCCCAGAACUUUCAGAAAACUUUCAGGAAUGUGACUUAGUUUCCCAGGAACCAAAGCCUUUUGUACCUGAUGCAAAUCUGGGUGGACCUAUUGUUGUUCCUACGGCAGGAGAGGAGCACUCUGCUGAAGCAGACCAGUCAACAAAAGGAGUUGCUUUGAAGGAGAGCAAUCCUUUGUUGACAGAAGAAUACAACAGGAGGCCAGCCUUUCUGGAACUACCAAAGAAAGAUAGUAUCAAAGACAGUAGUUUACAUCAGCAAAAUGAUCAAAGAAACCUGCUUCCAUCAUGCCAGUGUCUAAGCCAAGAAAUUGUGAAAGGCUUGGACAGAAUCAGUCUGCAGAACAGUGCAAAAAAUGAUCAGUAUUAUGGUACAGGGUGUGUAAUAAAGAAGGAAAGCAAAACUAGCCUUACCACACUUCCUUGUAGUAAACCUUGCGAACAUGUUUCACCCUUUGGUAGUAGCCUCUUCGAAGGAUCAUCUGUCCAGCUGGGAAAACUCUGCUGUGCUGGAGUGGAUUCGGAGGAGGAAGAUUCCAAAUCUAGUUCAUCAGGAGAACAAGUCAUGCUUGAGGUUUCUGAUGUAUCACCAGUUCAUGACUGUGAUCUUUAUAUUGAAAUGGUAAAAAACACAAAAUCUAUUCCUGAAUAUUCAGAAGUGGCCUAUCCAGAUUAUUUUGGCCAUAUUCCACCGCCGUUUAAGGAGCCGAUUCUGGAAAGGCCGUAUGGGGUGCAGAGGACAAAAAUCUCUCAAGAUAUUGAAAGACUGAUUCAUCCAAAUGACAUUAUAGACAGAGUUGUGUAUGACCUUGAUAAUUUGAGUUGUUCAGUACCAGAGGAAGCAGAUGUUUUGAAGUUUAAUUCAAAAUUCGAAUCUGGAAACCUGCGCAAAGUUAUUCAGAUCAGAAAAAACGAGUAUGAUCUAAUUCUGAACUCGGAUAUAAAUAGCAAUCAUUACCAUCAAUGGUUUUACUUUGAAGUCAGUGGAAUGAAAACUGGCAUUGGUUACCGGUUUAACAUCAUCAACUGUGAAAAGUCAAACAGUCAGUUUAACUACGGUAUGCAGCCCCUCAUGUAUUCUGUUCAAGAAGCAUUAAAUUCUCGACCGUGUUGGACUCGUGUUGGGACAGAUAUUUGUUACUAUAAGAAUCACUUUUCAAGAAGUUCAAUUGCUGCUGGAGGACAGAAAGGAAAAUCUUACUAUACAAUUACGUUCACAGUGACUUUCCAGCAUAAAGAUGAUGUCUGCUACUUUGCUUACCAUUAUCCAUAUACAUACUCAACUUUAAAGAUGCAUCUUCAGAAGCUGGAAUCUAUGCACAAUCCUCAACAGAUAUAUUUUCGACAAAAUGUUCUCUGUGAGACCCUGGCUGGCAACAGUUGUCCCUUAGUCACUAUUACAGCCAUGCCAGAAUCCAAUUACUAUGAACAUAUCUGUCAGUUCAGGAAUCGGCCUUAUGUUUUCCUGUCUGCUCGUGUACAUCCUGGAGAGACUAAUGCAAGCUGGGUUAUGAAGGGAACACUGGAAUACCUUAUGAGCAAUAAUCCAAGUGCCCAAUGUUUACGAGAAUCUUAUAUUUUCAAAAUUAUUCCCAUGCUUAAUCCAGAUGGUGUCAUCAGCGGAAACCACCGUUGCUCUUUAAGUGGAGAAGAUUUAAACAGGCAGUGGCAAAAUCCAAAUCCAGAUCUGCAUCCCACUAUUUACCAUGCUAAAGGGUUACUGCAAUAUCUGGCUGCUAUAAAACGUUUACCUUUGGUCUACUGCGAUUAUCAUGGUCACUCUCGUAAAAAGAAUGUGUUUAUGUAUGGCUGCAGCAUCAAAGAGACAAUGUGGCACACAAAUGUUAACGCUGCCUCUUGUGACCUGAUGGAGGACCCUGGUUACAGGGCACUCCCUAAGAUCCUGAGCCAAACUGCCCCAGCAUUCUGCAUGGGCAGCUGCAGCUUUGUAGUAGAAAAGUCCAAGGAAUCAACAGCACGAGUUGUUGUCUGGAGAGAGAUAGGAGUACAAAGGAGCUACACAAUGGAAAGCACCUUAUGUGGAUGUGACCAGGGCAAAUAUAAGGGACUGCAGAUAGGGACAAGAGAACUGGAGGAGAUGGGAGCAAAGUUCUGUGUUGGCUUACUGCGUUUAAAAAGAAUGGCCUCACCUUUGGAAUACAAUCGGCCUUCUAACCUGGAUAUUGAAAAUGAACUGAUUGAGUCAAGCUGUAAAGUGACAAGCCCCACUACAUAUGUAUUGGAUGAAGACGAGCCUCGCUUCCUUGAAGAAGUUGAUUACAGCGCAGAGAGUAAUGAUGAUCAAGACAUUGAAUUAGCUGAUAAUGUGGGUGAUUAUGAAGCAUCUAAUCAAGAAGAUGGACUUUCAGACUCAGAUUCAACAAGGAUACUCCUUUCAUGAACCGUCUUUGCAGCCAGUAAUAAGAAAUCAAGUAUCCUGGAUUUUCAUACUCAAAUACUUCCUCAUUCUUGUCUACUAAGGGGAUAUGCUUAAGAAAACACAAAUAACUGGGGCUUGCCUAGCCUAAGGACAAUAAAUAUUUCUGAUUUCUGAUAAAUUGGCAUUUGUUUUAUUUAAGGAGUUUUGUGUUUUCUUCUAGCACUAAAUAGAUAAAUUUAUUUACUGGUUCAUUUUCUACUAAAUAGCACCGCAUGGCAUUUUGUGUCCUUAAACCCUGUCUUCAGAAAAAUGGAUUAUAAUUUGUCGUGUGUAAGAGUACAGAAACUAAUUCUUUGUGUUAUGAUUCUUUGAGUUGCUUCCUGAAAAAUAUAUAUGUACAGAUUUUCUAAAUUAAUAUGUGUAUGUGUGUGUAUAUGCGCGUGUGUAUACUGAGGUGAAGAGGUUAUUUUUCAACAUUAUUUCAAAGAAACUUGACUGUGUUUGAAGUAAUGUAGUGCCUGCUCUGGAACCAUUGAAUAAUUACUGAAUUAAAAAUUAAAAAGUAAUGUA